CGUUGCUCUGCGCCCAUGUUUCUAUGGUAGAGCCGGUCUCGGAGGCUGCGGCGGCGGUGGUGGCGGCUGCGGGAGAGUGGGGGCUCCAACUUUUCUAUUGGUUUGGCGUGCAGAGGGUCGCGAUGUCAGAGAAAAAGCAGCCGGUAGACUUGGGUCUCCUGGAGGAGGACGACGAGUUCGAGGAAUUCCCUGCGGAAGACUGGGCUGGUUUAGAUGAAGACGAAGAUGCACAUGUCUGGGAGGAUAAUUGGGAUGAUGACAAUGUAGAGGAUGACUUCUCUAAUCAGUUACGAGCCGAACUAGAGAAACAUGGUUAUAAGAUGGAGACCUCAUAGCAUCCAGAAGAAGUGUUGAAGCAACCUAAACUUGAACUGUUUACUAAAUUGUAGGAGAACCCAGGAUGGGACACUUUAAAAAAUAUGUUUAUUUCAUUACCUACUUGGCUUUAUUUUUGCUUUUGUAACACAAAAAAAUAAAUGUUUUGAU